AUGCGUUUAUCAGGCAGUGACGAUACCAUCGGAGAACGCCGCGAUGUUCAAACUGAGGGUUCUGAUGUUUCUAAUGUCGGAGCCGCUGAAGACAACAUUGUAGAUAUUUUUUUGUGCAUCAAACACACUUGUCAUGAAGGAUCUAGUGAGAUAGAUUGUUGGUGUUGUUAUACUGGUGAAAAGAAGCAACAAUCAGAUUGUUGGUUUACUAUCUAUUCUUGCCGAGCAAAAUGCCGUGCCCGACCUUUUCCGGCCAUUCCCUGA